AUGUGCAAUCGAUACGUUAAACUUUACCAAUAUAAAUACGAUGAAUUUCGUAGUACCUACCAAUACUAUAUUGAUUCGUAUAAUGCGUUGUAUCAGCUAAAAACGGCAAACAUAGAAGAGUUAAACUCGAUUUACAAAAUGAUCAAAGCAGAAUUGAUUGAUUCAAAGAAACAUCUUCCCAAAAAUGUAAUAAGAGACAUUUUAAAUAUCAUUCCGUAUAAUAAUGGCUAUGCAAAAUCAUAUUUAUCUCUUGCCAAAUUUAUAUCUGAUGAUUAUCAUGUCAAUGAGGUAGAAAAUGUUGAACCUAUUUCAAACUUUUUGUUUUAUAAAGAAUAUGGAAUGAAAUUAGACAAGUCUGGUAAUUUCCAAAAAUUUGAAUCUGAAAAUCUCGAUAUUCAUUCAAAAGAUACAAUUUACAAGGCAUUAAUGAAUAACGACAAAGAAGUAUUCAUCUCGUUCACUGAAAAAAGAGGCUUUAAUAAAGAUCAAACACUUAAAAGCAGUUUAUAUCCGGAUUCUAAUUUAAAAUAUUCAUUACUUGAAUUAUGUUGUUACCGCGGAGCAAUUGAUUGUUUCAAGUUUUUACGAACAAAAUUCGACUCAAAAAUAAUUCUAAAAUGUCUAGAAUUUUCAUUUUUGAGUGGAAAUCCAGAAAUCAUGAGUGAAUGUUUAAAGUAUAUAAAACCACAUUUUUCUUGCAUGAAAUAUGCAAUUAUUUCACAUAACAUUGAUUUUGUUACAUUCUUGAUGAAUGAGUACAAUUUAAUUCUCUUGAUAUCUGAAUGCGGAUAUCAUAAUAACCUUGAUGUAUUAUUAGUUUAUUUUGAUAAAACUCAUGAUGUAAGCUAA